AUGGAAUUCCUCUCUGCCAUAAGUAUUGGAAGUGUGAAUUCUGGAAAGGAAAAUCUUCUAAGUGCUGUUCUACCAUUGUUGAAACUCCUAUCUCUCACUCUCAUUGGUCUGAUUCUUGCCCACCCCAAAACCCAAAUUGUCCCGAGAGCCACUUUUAAGCUUCUUAGCAAGCUUGUUUUGGCUCUGUUCUUGCCUUGUACGAUCUUCAUUCACCUCGGUGAAUCCAUUGCUCUACAAAAUUUCAUCGAUUGGUGGUUCAUACCUGUAUACGUGAUCCUCAGUACUGCUAUUGGUUGUGUGUUGGGGUUGUUGGUCGUGAGAAUAUGCCGACGAACACCUCCUGAAUUCAACAGAUUCACUGUAAUUGUGACGGCCUUUAGUAACACUGGCAAUCUGCCCCAAGCUAUUGUUGGGUCCGUGUGUCAUAGCGCAGAUAAUCCUUUUGGUCCAGAAUGCCAUAGGACUGAGUAUUACGAGGUGGUUGAGCAGGAGGAAGGAGUUGAGAUUCAGGAACAAUUAUCAGUCGACAAUCUCAGUAGGCCACUUCUUGUGGAAGCUGAAUGGCCUGGAAUGGAAGAUAAAGAAACUGAGCAUUGCAAGACACCAAUUAUUGCAAGGGUCUUUACUAGUGUCUCUAGCAUUUCACAAAGUUCUAUCCCCAACCCGAUUCACUGGAAGAGGGAGCCUCCCACAUUUGCUACCCUGUUGGCCUUCAUUAUUGGAAUGGUUCCUUUCCUCAAAAGCGUUGUUUAUGGUGAUGAUGCACCACUUUCAUUUAUCACCGGUAGUUUAGACAUUGUGGCUGGAGCAAUGGUGCCUUCAGUAAUGUUAAUUCUUGGAGGAAUGCUUGCUGAGGGUCCCAAUGAAUCUAGACUCGGGCUUCGGACUACAAUUGGCAUCAUUAUUGCAAGACUUCUGAUACUUCCUUUGAUUGGAAUGGGGGUGGUUUGUUUGGCUGAUAGACUGAACUUUUUGAUCCAUGGGGAUCAAAUGUAUCGGUUCGUGCUUUUGUUGCAAUACACAACACCAAGCGCCAUAUUGUUGGGAGCAGCUGCUAGCUUGAGAGGUUAUGCAGUUAGAGAAGCAUCAGCACUCCUCUUCUGGCAGCAUGUGUUUGCUGUGUUCUCCCUUUCAGUGUAUAUCAUUAUCUACUUCAAACUGCUGCUUUCUUAG